CAUUAUGUUAGGGAUUACUUAUGGUCAAGGUUCAAAUAAAUGUACCCUUACUCUGUUCUCCAAGCGAAAACCAAUUGUUAAUCAUUCUCAGAGCAAGAAACAACAUGAUGAUUUCAAAACUAGUCGCUAUUGCCGUCCUAACUGUGUUGAAAGUGGACCAUGCCGUAGGAGAACAAAUCAAUCAAUGCUUGUCCUCGAAUGCGCACCAAAGAAUCCCGUUGCCCAAUGAAGGAGAAAUGUUUGAGUGUGAGCCCUGGAGAAAUCUUUCCUGCUGUACAGAAGAGAGGGCGAAGCAGAUUCACACGGAUGAUGUUCAUAAGCUGGAACAAAAUUUAUGCAAAAAACCGAUGUCUUCUUCUUGCAAAGAGUUCUUUAAAAAAGAGACAUGCUUUUUUGAAUGCUCACCUGACUUGAAAUUAUGGUUCAUUCCGUUGAAUGAAAGUGAAUCUUAUCAAAGAUUUAAAAAUGUUCCUCUCUGCAAGUCAGAAUGUGAUGACUGGUUUAACGCUUGCUCUGACGAUUACACAUGUUCGGACAACUGGUACCAUAACAUUAAUACUGUCACAAAGAAUUGCUCCAAAUCUCACAAAAAUGAAUGUGCAACAAUUAAGGAUAAAUUCAAAACUGCGAAACAGUUUUGUGAAAUGGUUUGGGAUCAUUCGUAUAAGGUUGUUGAUGAUGAAGAGCACUGCAUGAAAUUGUCAUUGAGUAAUGAAACAAGGAUUCCGAAUGAUGAAGUUGUCCAGUUUUAUCUUCAAAAAGAUCGCACCAAUCCAAACACUGCGUCAAGUGUUCGAAACAGUGUGAUAUUUAUAGCAAUUAUUUCCUUUAUCAUAAAAUGCAUAAUUUGAAAUAAUUCUUUAAAGUUAAAAGUUGACCAAAGACCAUUUUAGUGUGUUUUAAAAAUAUAUAUUUGUUAUCCUGUAUUGUUACUUGUUAUUUCUAUUGCUCUAAUAAAAUUGUAUGAAAGCUAUGUAUUUUUUAUUUUGAGAUUAGAACACUUUUAUAGUGAAUAUGCAAUUGUUGCUCCAAUUUUAAUAAACCAGAAGUGUUCUUGUCCAAGAAUUGUUAAGCUGGAACAAGUUCAUAAAUGUAAUUGGCUAAUUUAUAGGUUAUGUAAUGAUUAAAUGAUAUAAACAAUAAAGAAAUA